CCUACUGUUACAUGAUCCUAGACUUGGCGUUACAGUUGAACAAAAAUCUAUUUUUAAGCCAAGGUUAUCCCGGUAGUUACUCGUCAUCUCAAGAAUAUCAACCCCCGCCAAAAAGUUAUGCGCCUCCACCAGCAGGUUACGCCCCCCCACCACCGGGUUAUGCCCCUCCACCACCGGGUUAUGCUCAACCGGGAUACGCUUCUCCAGGUUACGCAGGUUAUCCUCCACCACCACAAGGGACCUACAACCCUCAAUACCAACAAUACUAUUAUCAACCAACUCCUCCUCCUCAAGUAGUUGUUCAGGAAACCAGAAGAAAUGAAGGGAAAGAAAUGUGCGCUGGACUGGCAUUAGGUGCCUGCUUGUGUUGCUGUUUAGAAGGAAUCCUUUUCUGA